ACACUGCUCCCUGCUCCACUGCUUUUUGGCUCCCUGCCAUGUCUCCCCCACUGAGCAGCUUAAAGAUCUGGCUUGAGUUUGGACACUACUUUGCCCUGGUUUUUCCCUCUGCACCCUACCUCUCACAUCCACUUCAGGUAUCCACUUUCUGCUGCUCCAAGUGCCAGGCUCACAGCACCCAUAUCCGGCAGGCCUGCCUGUCCUCUCACGCACUGACUUGCCCAGCUGCCCCUUCCCUCCAUUCUCACACAGGAGCUCAGAACCCCAUUUCGUGGGAGGUGCAGCGAUUUGAUGGGUGGUACAACAACCUCAUGGAGCACAGAUGGGGCAGCAAAGGCUCCCGGCUGCAGCGCCUGGUCCCAGCCAGCUAUGCAGAUGGCGUGUACCAGCCCUUGGGAGAACCCCAUCUGCCCAACCCCCGAGACCUUAGCAACACCAUCUCAAGGGGCCCUGCAGGGCUGGCCUCCCUGAGAAACCGCACAGUGUUGGGGGUCUUCUUUGGCUAUCACGUGCUCUCAGACCUGGUGAGCGUGGAAACUCCCGGCUGCCCCGCCGAGUUCCUCAACAUUCGCAUCCCGCCCGGAGACCCCAUGUUCGACCCCGACCAGCGCGGGGACAUGGUGCUGCCCUUCCAGAGAAGCCGCUGGGACCCCGAGACCGGACGGAGUCCCAGCAAUCCCCGGGACCCGGCCAACCAGGUGACGGGCUGGCUGGACGGCAGCGCCAUCUAUGGUUCCUCGCAUUCCUGGAGCGACGCGCUGCGGAGCUUCUCCAGGGGACAGCUGGCGUCGGGGCCCGACCCCGCUUUUCCCCGACACUCGCAGAACCCCCUGCUCAUGUGGGCGGCGCCCGACCCCGCCACCGGGCAGAACGGGCCCCGGGGGCUGUACGCCUUCGGGGCAGAGAGAGGGAACCGGGAACCCUUCCUGCAGGCUCUGGGCCUGCUCUGGUUCCGCUACCACAACCUGUGGGCGCAGAGGCUGGCCCGCCAGCACCCAGACUGGGAGGACGAGGAGCUGUUCCAGCACGCACGCAAGAGGGUCAUCGCCACUUACCAGAACAUCGCUGUGUAUGAGUGGCUGCCCAGCUUCCUGCAGAAAACACUCCCGGAGUAUACAGGAUACCGGCCAUUUCUGGACCCCAGCAUCUCCUCAGAGUUCGUGGCGGCCUCUGAGCAGUUCCUGUCCACCAUGGUGCCCCCUGGCGUCUACAUGAGAAAUGCCAGCUGCCACUUCCAGGGGGUCAUCAAUCGGAACUCAAGUGUCUCCAGAGCUCUCCGGGUCUGCAACAGCUACUGGAGCCGUGAGCACCCAAGCCUACAAAGUGCUGAAGAUGUGGAUGCACUGCUGCUGGGCAUGGCCUCCCAGAUCGCAGAGCGAGAGGACCAUGUGUUGGUUGAAGAUGUGCGGGAUUUCUGGCCUGGGCCACUGAAGUUUUCCCGCACAGACCACCUGGCCAGCUGCCUGCAGCGGGGCCGGGAUCUGGGCCUGCCCUCUUACACCAAGGCCAGGGCAGCACUGGGCUUGUCUCCCAUUACCCGCUGGCAGGACAUCAACCCUGCACUCUCCCGGAGCAAUGACACUGUACUGGAGGCCACAGCUGCCCUGUACAACCAGGACUUAUCCUGGCUAGAGCUGCUCCCUGGGGGACUCCUGGAGAGCCACCGGGACCCUGGACCUCUGUUCAGCACCAUCGUCCUUGAACAAUUUGUGCGGCUACGGGAUGGUGACCGCUACUGGUUUGAGAACACCAGGAAUGGGCUGUUCUCCAAGAAGGAGAUUGAAGAAAUCCGAAAUACCACCCUGCAGGACGUGCUGGUCGCUGUUAUCAACAUUGACCCCAGUGCUCUGCAGCCCAAUGUCUUUGUCUGGCAUAAAGGAGACCCCUGUCCGCAGCCGAGACAGCUCAGCACUGAAGGCCUGCCAGCAUGUGCUCCCUCUGUUGUUCGUGACUAUUUUGAGGGCAGUGGAUUUGGCUUCGGGGUCACCAUCGGGACCCUCUGCUGCUUCCCUUUGGUGAGCCUGCUCAGCGCCUGGAUUGUUGCCCGGCUCCGGAUGAGAAAUUUCAAGAGGCUCCAGGGCCAGGACCGCCAGAGCAUCGUGUCUGAGAAGCUCGUGGGAGGCAUGGAAGCUUUGGAAUGGCAAGGCCACAAGGAGCCCUGCCGGCCCGUGCUCGUGUACCUGCAGCCCGGGCAGAUCCGUGUGGUAGAUGGCAGGCUCACCAUGCUCCGCACCAUCCAGCUGCAGCCUCCACAGAAGGUCAACCUCGUCCUGUCCAGCAACCGUGGACGCCGCACUCUGCUGCUCAAGAUCCCCAAGGAGUAUGACCUGGUGCUGCUGUUUAACUUGGAGGAAGAGCGGCAGGCGCUGGUGGAAAAUCUCCGGGGAGCUCUGAAGGAGAGCGGGUUGAGCAUCCAGGAGUGGGAGCUGCGGGAGCAGGAGCUGAUGAGAGCAGCUGUGACACGGGAGCAGCGGAGCCACCUCCUGGAGACCUUUUUCAGGCACCUUUUCUCCCAGGUGCUGGACAUCAACCAGGCCGACGCAGGGACCCUGCCCCUGGACUCCUCCCAGAAGGUGCGGGAGGCCCUGACCUGUGAGCUGAGCAGGGCCGAGUUUGCCGAGUCCCUGGGCCUCAAGCCCCAGGACAUGUUUGUGGAGUCAAUGUUCUCUCUGGCUGACAAGGAUGGCAAUGGCUACCUGUCCUUCCGAGAGUUCCUGGACAUCCUGGUGGUCUUCAUGAAAGGCUCUCCUGAGGAAAAGUCUCGCCUUAUGUUCCGCAUGUACGACUUUGAUGGGAAUGGCCUCAUUUCCAAGGAUGAGUUCAUCAGGAUGCUGAGAUCCUUCAUCGAGAUCUCCAACAACUGCCUGUCCAAGGCCCAGCUGGCUGAGGUGGUGGAGUCCAUGUUCCGGGAGUCGGGAUUCCAGGACAAGGAGGAGCUGACAUGGGAGGAUUUUCACUUCAUGCUGCGGGACCACAAUAGCGAGCUCCGCUUCACGCAGCUCUGUGUCAAAGGGGUAGAGGUGCCUGAAGUCAUCAAGGAUCUCUGCCGGCGAGCCUCCUAUAUCAGCCAGGAUAUGAUCUGUCCCUCUCCCAGAGUGAGUGCCCGCUGUUCCCGCAGCGACAUUGAAACUGAGUUGACACCUCAGAGACUGCAGUGCCCCAUGGACACAGACCCUCCCCAGGAGAUUCGGCGGAGGUUUGGCAAGAAGGUAACGUCAUUCCAGCCCUUGCUGUUCACUGAGGCGCACCGAGAGAAGUUCCAACGCAGCCGUCUCCACCAGACGGUGCAACAGUUCAAGCGCUUCAUUGAGAACUACCGGCGCCACAUCGGCUGCGUGGCCGUGUUCUACGCCAUCGCUGGGGGGCUUUUCCUGGAGAGGGCCUACUACUACGCCUUUGCCGCACACCACACGGGCAUCACGGACACCACCCGCGUGGGAAUCAUCCUGUCGCGGGGCACAGCAGCCAGCAUCUCUUUCAUGUUCUCCUACAUCUUGCUCACCAUGUGCCGCAACCUCAUCACCUUCCUGCGAGAAACCUUCCUCAACCGCUACGUGCCCUUUGACGCCGCCGUGGACUUCCAUCGCCUCAUUGCCUCCACCGCCAUCGUCCUCACAGUCUUACACAGUGUGGGCCAUGUGGUGAAUGUGUACCUGUUUUCCAUCAGCCCCCUCAGCGUCCUCUCCUGCCUCUUUCCUGGCCUCUUCCAUGAUGAUGGGUCUGAGUUCCCCCAGAAGUAUUACUGGUGGUUCUUCCAGACCGUACCAGGCCUCACGGGGGUUGUGCUGCUCCUGAUCCUGGCCAUCAUGUAUGUCUUUGCCUCCCACCACUUCCGCCGCCGCAGUUUCCGGGGCUUCUGGCUGACCCACCACCUCUACAUCCUGCUCUAUGUCCUGCUCAUCAUCCAUGGUAGCUUUGCCCUGAUCCAGCUGCCCCGUUUCCACAUCUUCUUCCUGGUCCCAGCAAUCAUCUAUGGGGGCGACAAGCUGGUGAGCCUGAGCCGGAAGAAGGUGGAGAUCAGCGUGGUGAAGGCGGAGCUGCUGCCCUCAGGAGUGACCCACCUGCGGUUCCAGCGGCCCCAGGGCUUUGAGUACAAGUCAGGGCAGUGGGUGCGGAUCGCUUGCCUGGCUCUGGGGACCACCGAGUACCACCCCUUCACACUGACCUCUGCGCCCCAUGAGGACACGCUUAGCCUGCACAUCCGGGCAGCAGGGCCCUGGACCACUCGCCUCAGGGAGAUCUACUCAGCCCCGACGGGUGACAGAUGUGCCAGAUACCCAAAGCUGUACCUUGAUGGACCAUUUGGAGAGGGCCACCAGGAGUGGCAUAAGUUUGAGGUGUCAGUGCUAGUGGGAGGGGGCAUUGGGGUCACCCCUUUUGCCUCCAUCCUCAAAGACCUGGUCUUCAAGUCAUCCGUCAGCUGCCAAGUGUUCUGUAAGAAGAUCUACUUCAUCUGGGUGACGCGGACCCAGCGUCAGUUUGAGUGGCUGGCUGACAUCAUCCGAGAGGUGGAGGAGAAUGACCACCAGGACCUGGUGUCUGUGCACAUCUACAUCACCCAGCUGGCUGAGAAGUUUGACCUCAGGACCACUAUGCUGUACAUCUGUGAGCGGCACUUCCAGAAGGUUCUGAACCGGAGUCUAUUCACAGGCCUGCGCUCCAUCACCCACUUUGGCCGCCCCCCCUUUGAGCCCUUCUUCAACUCCCUGCAGGAGGUCCACCCCCAGGUCCGGAAGAUCGGGGUGUUUAGCUGUGGCCCCCCUGGCAUGACCAAGAAUGUGGAAAAGGCCUGUCAGCUCAUCAACAGGCAGGACCGGACUCACUUCUCCCACCAUUAUGAGAACUUCUAGGCCCCUGCCCGGGGGUUCUGCCCACUGCCCAGUUGAGCAGAGGUUUGAGCCCACACCUCACCUCUGUUCUUCCUAUUUCUGGCUGCCUCAGCCUUCUCUGAUUUCCCACCUCCCAACCUUGUUCCAGGUGGCCAUGGUCAGUCACCAUGUGUGGGCUCAGGGACCCCCAGGACCAGGAUGUGUCUCAGCCUGGAGAAAUGGUGGGGGGGCAGUGUCUAGGGACUAGAGUGAGAAGUAGGGGAGCUACUGGCUUGGUGCAAAGUGAAACCUCUGCUUCCAGACUUCAGAAACAAAUCUCAGAAGACAAGCUGACCUAACAAGUACUAUGUGUGUGCAUGUCUGUAUGUGUGUUGGGGCGGUGAGUGUAAGGAUGCAGUGGGGACAUGGAUGCUGGCAUCUUAGAACCCUCCCUACUCCCAGACCUCCUCCUCUUCUGGGCUCCCCACUGUCAGACGGGCUGGCAAAUGCCUUGCAGGAGGUAGAGGCUGGACCCAUGGCAAGCCAUUUACAGAAACCCACUCGGCACCCCAGUCUAACACCACAACUAAUUUCACCCAAGGUUUUAAGCACGUUCUUUCAUCAGACCCUGGCCCAAUACCUAUGUAUGCAAUGCUCCUCAGCCCUCUUCUCCCUGCUCCAGUAGUCUCCUUUCCAAAUAAAUCACUUUUCUGCCUUC